ACCAACAGCACACAUUACUAGAAGAGACCCACAGAGACCAUUAUAGUUUUGAUUAAAACCAAUACAAUUCCCAUUAUAACCAUUAAAUCCAUUAGAAUGUGCUGGUGUCUAUUGUGUUUUUCAGCAGGGACACUCAGUCUCUCUUCAGUUGUUUAUAUCCAAUCCUAGCAGCGACUCCCAAUCCCGUCCGGUGUCGUGUGUUUGUGUGUGAUCCAGUCCGCGUUUCCCAGCACACCUCCGUCCAGCGUAACGUUAACCUACUAUGUGUGUGAGUGCACGAGAGAGAUCGAGUCUUGUUUACAACGGAUUCAGAUCGCAGGAUUUACUCCACGAGUCCACAUCAUUCAUAUCUCCCAAAUCAACACAGAUCCCGGCCUGCAAACCUCGUGUGAUCUCCGUACCGCUGCUUAAGGAUAUAUGAAGCGGUCAAAUCUCAGACUGCGUCGGGUGGGAGGCUGAGGAGAGACCAUUUUAAAUCCUGCUCGGAUAUUAUUUGCCAUCUUUCUGAGUUUAUCCACCGAUUUCAGGCCUUUAGGACGCGCUGGAUACGCACUAUAAUAGAUCACACACACACGCGUGCGCGCUGGUUUUAGUCAGCGGUUCUAAACUGGUUUCACUGGACUACAGCUAAAACCAGUCAACAGGGAGAUCUGCAACGUGUUAUUAUUCACUCGAAAUGGAUUAUCGAAAUGCGGAUUCGGACUCCUUCACGCGUUUUCCCGGGUUAUUUGCGCUUAUAUCGCAGACUAAAUAAUACGAAUUAAAUUCCGAGUGCGCAAGAAUCAGCGCGGGCGAAUCCGCCUCAUGGUGAAGCCGGAGCGGUGUGCGUCUGUUGGAUCGCUCGUCGUCGUCGGGGCGUCUAGAGGUUCAUCAAUUCCCUCAAACACGCUGAAGAUAAAAUAAAUUGAUGCUAUUUCAAUAUUCCCAGCUCGUAUAUUAUUAUUUUUCACCUUGCUAAAGAGGAACCAAGCUGGAUAAUUCAACCUCGAGUACAUCUUUUUGACUUUUUAGAUUACUCUUUGGUCUUGUUUUUGUAUAGGAAUGAGGUGUAGCAGACUGAAGAGACACUGGACCUUGUGUUGUGGUCUGGUGCUGGUCCUGUCUGCUCUGUGCCAUGGAGAAAUCUGUGGUCCUGGCAUUGACAUUGGAAAUGACAUCAGCAAUUUUAAGCAUCUGGAGAACUGUACGGUGGUUGAGGGCUACCUGCAGAUCCUUCUCAUCGGAGACAAAAACAAUAACAAUCGAGAGGUCUUCCGCACCCUCAGUUUCCCCAAGCUGACCAUGAUUACGGAUUACCUUCUCCUCUUCCGUGUUUCCGGGUUGGACAGCCUCAGCACCCUCUUCCCGAAUCUCACUGUCAUCCGGGGCCGCAACUUGUUCUACAACUUUGCUCUGGUGAUAUACGAGAUGACCAGCCUGAAGGACAUCGGCCUGUACAAUCUGCGAAACAUCACGCGUGGGUCCAUAUAUAUCCAGAGGAACCCCGAGCUCUGCUACUUGGAUUCUGUGGACUGGUCUCUCAUUAUGAAUGCUGACUCCAAAAAACAAAAUAAGCAUUCCAAAGAGUGUGGAGAUGUCUGUCCUGGAAUCAUGGAGGAUAACCCACAGUGCAUCAAGACGAACUUCAACGGCAAUUCCAAUUACAGAUGCUGGACCUCCAGCCAAUGUCAGAAAGUUUGUCCAGAGAUUUGUGGACAGCGAGCGUGCAUGGACUCGGGUGUGUGCUGUCACCCUCAGUGUUUGGGAAGCUGCACAGAGCCUGACAAUGACCGGGCGUGUGCUGCCUGUCAGCAUUACUUCCACGAGGGACGCUGUGUUGAAAACUGCCCACCUGGCACCUACAAAUUUGAGGGCUGGCGCUGCAUCACCAUGGACCUGUGCUCCAGGGUUCACCUGUCAGAUUUCGAUCGAUUCGUGAUCCACGAGGGAGAGUGCAUGUCUGAGUGCCCACAUGGCUUCGUACGUGAAGAAAACCAGAGCAUGUUCUGCACCGCCUGUGACGGCCCGUGCGAGAAGGUCUGCGACGAAAAGGUCAUCGACUCUGUGGACGCGGCUCAGUUGUUCAAGGGCUGCACCAUUAUCAGGGGCAACCUGCAUAUCAACAUCCGGCGUGGCAAUAAUAUAGCCUCUGAGUUAGAGCAAUUCCUCGGGCUCAUCAAGACCGUGACGGGAUACGUGAAGAUCCGUUCCUCUCACACCUUGAGCUCUCUCCAUUUCCUCAAAAGUCUGAGAUACAUCAACGGCGAGGAACUCUCGGAAGAUACGUACGCCUUUGUGGCGCUCGAUAACCAACACCUCCAGUUUCUGUGGGACUGGUCUGAGCACAACCUCACCAUAUUGGCUGGAAAACUGCACUUCCGCUCUAACCCCAAGCUCUGCAUGUCCGAGAUCCGCAAGAUGUGGGUCAACACCGAAAUUAAGGAGAAGUUUUCCGAAGAAGAUUUCAGCAAAAAUGGAAACCUUGCAAGCUGUGAAAGUAAGAGCCUGAAGAUCUUGUCUAACAGCACGAAAAGCAAUCAAAUUAGCCUGACGUGGGAACGAUAUCGCGCACCUGAUUCCAGAGACAUUGUCAGUUUUGUCGUCUACUACAAAGAAGCGCCUUUCCAGAACAUCACAGAGUUUGAUGGUCAGCAAGGCUGCGGAACGGACAGCUGGAACAUGAUCGAUGUGGACUUACCAGAAAAUGAAACCCAGAACCCGAGCGUUCUUCUGUCCUCCCUGAAGCCCUGGACUCAGUUCGGCAUUUUCAUUAAAGCUGUAACAUUAGGUGUGGAGCACAAAUACAGGCAUGAGCUCAGUGCCAAGAGUGAGCUGGUGUACAUCCGGACUAAAGCAUCAGCCCCCACCAUGCCUUUAGAUAUCCGUGCUUAUUCUAACUCCUCAUCAAAGCUGGUGGUCCGGUGGUCUUCGCCUCUGUCCCCCAAUGGAAAUAAUACAUACUAUCUCCUGCGCUGGAAACAGCAAGCGGAGGAUCGUGAACUCUACCAGCACAACUACUGCUCUAAAGAACUGAAGAUCCCGUUCAGAAAGGCUACGAGUUUGACCGAUACAAAGGAUGCAAAACCCACUAAUCCCGAAGCAAAGGGAAGGGACAAAACGGAAUGUUGUCCAUGCCCUAAAUCUGAGGAGGACUUGAAGGCCAUUGAGGAAACUACCCACUUCCGGAAAGCCUUCGAAAACUUCCUUCACAAUGCCAUAUUCACACCCAGGCCUCCUGACAGACGACGGCGAGAUGUGUUUGGCAUCGCCAACUCAUCUUCCUUCCACAGCCUCACACCGGGAAACUGGAACUUGACAGCGGGAAACUUUUCAGAGAAUGUGCCGCACAGGCGUGAAUUCCCCUUUCGCGAGAGGAAGGUGAGAGAGAAGACCGCCGACAUCAACGGCCUGCAGCCCUUUACGGUUUACAGAAUUGACCUGCACGCUUGCAACGAUGAGGUGCACCACUGCAGCGCAGCCACGUUCAUCUUUUCCCGCACAAAUCCGGCAGAAAAAGCUGAUGACAUUCCCGGCCCUGUGACCUGGGAAGGUUUGGACGACUCAGUGUUUCUGAAGUGGCCCGAGCCGCACAAACCCAAUGGCCUGAUCCUGCUGUAUGAGAUCCAGUACCGCCUGGGAACCGAGCAUGAAAAGCACGAGUGUGUAUCCCGCCAACACUACAGAGAGCACAAAGGAAUAAAACUCUCUAACCUAGGACCUGGGAAUUAUUCGGCUCGUGUGCGAGCCACUUCCCUCGCCGGGAACGGAUCGUGGACAGAACCCAUAGCUUUUUAUGUGCUUCAGGUCCAACAAGCAGGUUAUGAACACAUUCUCUACUUUAUGAUCAUCCCCAUCAUCAUGAUUUUCGCCGUCUUCAUUGGAGUGGCCUUCAUCCUGGUCAAUAAGAAACGAAACAGUGACAGGCUUGGAAAUGGGGUCAUAUAUGCUUCUGUUAAUCCAGAAUACUUUAGUGCUGCAGAAAUGUACGUGCCUGAUGAAUGGGAAGUCGAGCGAGAGAAAAUCACGUUGUGCAGGGAACUCGGGCAAGGAUCUUUCGGUAUGGUGUACGAAGGCAUCGCCAAAGGUGUCGUCAAAGACGAGCCAGAAACCAAGGUGGCAAUCAAAACGGUGAACGAGUCGGCUAGCAUGCACGAACGCAUCGAGUUCCUCAAUGAAGCGUCUGUAAUGAAGGAGUUCAACUGUCACCAUGUGGUGCGUUUGCUGGGCGUGGUCUCACAGGGUCAGCCUACCCUGGUGAUCAUGGAGCUGAUGACACGUGGAGAUCUGAAGAGUCAUCUGCGCUCGCUACGUUCAAAAGAGAGCCCCUCCAGUCUGCCCCUGCCACCACUGAAGAAGAUGAUUCAGAUGGCAGGAGAGAUCGCCGACGGCAUGGCUUAUCUUAAUUCCAAUAAGUUUAUUCACAGAGACCUGGCAGCCAGAAACUGUAUGGUGGCCGAGGAUUUUACAGUCAAAAUUGGUGAUUUUGGCAUGACACGGGACAUUUAUGAGACCGAUUACUAUAGGAAAGGGGGCAAGGGACUGCUGCCGGUACGAUGGAUGUCUCCAGAGUCCCUCAAAGAUGGAGUCUUCACCACCAUGUCAGAUGUUUGGUCCUUCGGAGUGGUUUUGUGGGAAAUAGCUACACUGGCCGAGCAGCCCUAUCAAGGCAUGUCCAAUGAACAGGUCCUGCGGUUUGUCAUGGAUGGAGGACUGUUAGACAAACCAGACAACUGUCCCGAUAUGCUGUUUGAGCUGAUGCGCAUGUGCUGGCAGUACAACCCCAAAAUGCGUCCGUCCUUCCUUGAGAUCAUCAGCAGCAUCAACGAAGACCUGGAUCCAGGCUUCAAGGAGACCAGCUUCUUCUACAGCGAGGAGAACAAACCUCCCGACACCGAGGAGCUGGACAUGGAGAACGUGGAAGCCAUGGAGAACGUUCGUCUAGAGCCGUCCUCCAGUCUUCAACCCCUCACCUCCUCCCAGCAGUGUUCUCCUGGACCCCAGGGCUCGGUUAGCCCAGCCGGCCCGUCGUCUCCGCAGUCCUCCCCCUGCUCCACUGAUAAACGCUCGCUCUCGGCGUCCACGUCGAACGGGCCCUCCAUGGUACUCCGGAGUCCAUUUGAUAAGACUCAGUCUUACGCUCACAUGAACGGAGGCCGUAAGAACGAGCGCACCUUGCCUUUGCCCCAGUCGUCGGCUUGCUGAUCGGCAGCACGUUUUAUUGACACUCGGACGCGUUUCUUUGUCUGUCAAGCCACUGUGUGGUCACCUGAAACAAAAAUUAUAAAAAACUGAAAGAGACGAAGAAGAUUUAAACUAAGAGUUCGGGCAAUCGGACUGGAUCACUGACUGAAAAAUCUUACAUCUUCAUUCUCGCACCUGAUAGGCUGAUCACGUUUUGAGUAUCAGAGCUAACAGUGGUACGAUGAUAUUACACACCCACACACUCUUUAUAUCUUUAAGUCGAUGGUAAGCACUUGUUCUUUGUGUUUUCAAAGACAUGCGUCUAAAUUAUAUAGUUUAUAUUAUAGAGUUCCUUUUUUGCCCAUAUUCGAUGAAUAUGGCCUGUGUGAACUUAAACUUGGGUACGUAUGUAAAAUCUCUUGACUUCCACGCGCUUACCAUAUCAUCUGGAUGGGUGGCAUAGUAGAGAAGAUAAUUGCCAAAAUCUAGUUUGGGUUGCCAAAUCUUGUUUUAUCCCCUCCAUCUCUGUAUAAUUUUGUGUCGAUCUAGACCCGACCGCGACACUCUGCGUGUUUGUUUAACAUUGCUUUAUUUUUCGAAGUAUCUUCUUCAAAGUACAAUCGAUAGAGAGUUAGUUCUCAAUAAAACCUUUUGUUGCAUUUCACACAACGCACGAACGGUGUCGUGAAACGAUGCAAAAUCAAAAUGGCAUCAAAACUAAAAAACAGAUCCUGAAUCACAAAUAAAAAGGGAUAAGGCACAUCUCUUGACUGCUCUUAGAUGUUUGUUGGACCGACAGUCACUUUUGUACCUUUUUACACUUCAGCUGAUCAUCUGUACGUCUUUGCUGGAAAAGUUGUUAAGCUGCUAUUUUAUUCUUGUCUCUCUUUAUAUAUAUAUAUAUAUAAAUAUAUGGAGGUUUAUAAUCCCUUGCGCCUUUCCACUUCAGUCCAUGAUGUUUGUAGUUCUGCAAAAAGAAGAAGAAUAGAACGAGAUUAAAAGAAAUAUAAGGUACGAUAGUUGAGUUCUGCCAUGUAAAGUUGUGUUUUUUGAUAGAUUUUUCUAAAAGCCUGCGAGUUAAAGAGCUUCUGUGUUUUCUUCCAUUAAUGACGGCAAACAUCACUGUGUCUUUAUCACAUUAAUGGCUGACAGAUUUUCUCAGGUCAAACUCAAGGUUUUGCUUUCGAAGCCCUUCUGUGUUUUCCAGUCAUUCAUUCCUCUGUAAAAAGUUUGGUCGCACAUAUUCAAGCGAAGUAGGCUGAAAUACAUUUCAUUAUUAAAAUCUAAAUUAAACUCAGAUCCUACUGUUUUCAAAUGUUACUCUUCAUCUUCCGAUCAGAGCUUUUCUCUAUGCAGACGUUUGCUUAUUGAACACAUUUAUGAUACAGGUUUGACUGAGCGCCAGUUUUUUUUUUUGUACAGAACGGUCACUUUUUCUUCCUCCAUCCUUUUAUUUUCAUUAUUUAUUUUCUUUUUUUUGUGAUAUGUUCGUAAUCACUCCCGCAAACCCCGAUCAAAUGUAACUUUUAGAUAUUUUUAUAUGCUUUCUUCAUGACUUGUUUUCUUUUUCAGACAUUUAUCUACCUCACUGUUUUUUUAUGUACCUGUAUAUAAAGUACCUUUUCAUCAGAAGGACAUAAUAACUGCUGGUCAAACGCUCAACCUUGGAGUGAAAAAAAAAUGAUGGACAAUUUCUACCAACGGCUGCUUUCUUUCCUAUCGGAUCUCGCUUCUAUUAGUUUAUUUAUUUGUGAGAUUAAAAUGCUUACAGGUCUGACGGUUGACUCCAUAUGUGUGCUGGAAUAUUGUUAAUUUAUCCAUCUUGUGAUAUGGUCAUUUGGAAAAAAGUCAAAAGUUUAUAGAUGGGAAAUGGGAUGGAAUUUCCUCAUGUUUCUCAAUUUUCUUAUUUUUGUAAGAUUAUACUUAAAUAUUUCCCAACCCAAACAAUACAACAUUAAAUGUACAGGAAUGUGUGAUAAUCUUAUAUAAUUGUGUGCUGUUGUCACGUGUAUCAGUUGUACGGUACUGAACUUAACCUGCCUUUGGAAAACUAUUUUUGAACUGAUCAGGAAGAAUCCCAAACCAAAGGUCAAUGUUAAAGGAUUGUUUCACUUAUAUUAAAAAAAAUCUGAUAAUUUAUUCACCCCCAUGUCAUCCAAGAUGUUUGUCUUUCUUUGUUUAGUCUAAAAGAAAUUACUUUUUUUUUUUGGUAAACAUUCCAGGAUUUUUCUCCAUAAAGUGGACUUUAUUGGACCAUAACAGUUUACAGUUUUAAUUCAGCUUCAAAGGACUCUAAAAGAUUCCAACCGAGGCAAUAAGGGUCUUAUCUAGCAAAACAAUCAUCAUUUUCACCAAAAAGCGUAACUUCUCGUCUUGCACUAGCCAUGUGAUGCAUAAAAACGCGACUUUACGUAUUUUGUAAUCACGUGGAAAGUUCACACGUUAUGCGAAACGCACACUUGCAGACCAUUUUAAACAAUAAACUGACUGCACUUGUAAACACUGAAGCGGUAAUUUAAUUCACAUACGCCAUCCGUUACCUUUCGACGUAAUUAUGUAAUAGGUCGCGUUGGCAUAUCAUAUGGCUAGUGCAAGACGAGAAAUUAUGGUUUAAAAGUACAUUUUUUUUGUGAUGAUAAUUGUUUCGCUAGAUAGGACCCUUAUGCAUCGGUUGGGAUUGUUUAGAGCCCUUUGAAGCUGCAUUGAAAUUGUAAACUGUUGUCCAAUAGUUGGAGAAAAAUCCUGGAAUGAUUUCCUCAACAAUGUAGAUAUAGAUAUUAGGGAUGCUUAACGAUUAAUCGCGAUUAAUCGAUAGCAGAAUAAAAGUUUUUGUUUACAUCAUAUAUGUGUGUGAACUGUGUAUAAUAAUUAUGUAUAUAUAAAUAUGCACACAUGCAUGUAUAAUUAUAAGAAAAAAAAUAUUUAUAUAUUAUGUAUUUAUAUUUAUAUAUAAUAUAAACUAUAAAUAAAUAUACAAAUGUAUAUACACAUAUAAACAUUUCUUAAAUAUAUACAUGCAUGUGUGUGCAUUUAUUUAUACAAAGUUAUUAUAUACAGUUCACACAUAAAUAUGAUGUAAACAAAAACUUUAUUCUGCUAUCGAUUAAUCGCGAUUAAUCGUUAAGCAUCCCUAAUAGAUAUAUUCGAAUGAACAAAGAAAGACAUAAAUAUCUUUGAUGGCAUGGGAGUGAAUACAUUUUUGGGAUUUUUUGCUAUGAAAGUGGAGUAAUCCUUCAACUAUUUUAAUGUUGUUGAAAUUACCUGAAGCCAAGAUAACCAAGAAAAGUUGUUAAGGUGGAGAUGGCUGGUAAUUUUUUUCCCAUCUUAAUUUUACAGCCUUUCAUCAUAGACAAAAAUGUAAAACACUCCUAAUAACUAAUGUUAAUAAGAGUUUGGAGUAUUGGGCUGAUUAAAUCGAAAUCAUUUGCUACGAAUUCCAAAUCACUAGUAUUGCUGUACAUGGCUCACUAGAUUUUGUGUGAGAUUUGACUUUACCAACAGUACAUCCAGAUAUCGCGCAAAUGAUCUGAAAUCAUAAGGCUGUCGAUUUUAUUAUUUAAAUCGAAUCAUUCAAGACACCAACCUUAUGCUCCUCUCCGACCAUUAUAUACUGUAAGCGAUGGUUAUUUACAGAUCUAUCGAUUCAUGAGCGAGUUAUUCUCAGGGCUGAAGGUUCUGAGUGGGCAUCGAUGGGACGUGAGGUGACCUUAUGUCCUCACCGCUCACUCUCCCCCUGCUGCUGAUGACAAUAAUGCUGCUCCACAUCAUCUCAUGAGAUGCAUUACUAAAAUCUGGACAUUACGGUGUACUCCAUGAGUACAGGAGGUCUGAGAGGAGAACGUAGGAGGUGUUCAUGACCUGGUGGUGCCAUCGAGAGGCUUUGUUUAUAUUUCAUUUGUUCGUUUGUUUCACAUGCUGAAAAUUGUUGGGUUGUUCAGUGGAAUAGUCGAGAUGGGUUUGAGAGAAAUGUUUGGUAUGAAAAGAUGGAUGCAGAAUGAAAGGGGAAAACGAUAACGUUUUGUGGUCCACGUCUGUUCAAACCUGGCUUUUCUGAUUAAAAGCACUUAUUAACUUUA